CCGGCAGGGGGAGGAGUUGGGCAACAAACGAAGAACCUGUUGUUCGCGAACGAGCAGUCGGGGAAUGUAGACGCGUUGUGUACGUGAAUGCCAUCAUGAACGCCAAGAGAAAUCCGCAGCAUGUGUCGAACUCGUACAACGGAGGUAAUCCCGGUACUAUAGGAAGGGACAGUCCGUCGGCCUUGUUGGAAGUGCUCGCGGAGGUCGCGUCGCAAAAGCUGCACUCGGAGAAGAAACACAUUAAUUCGAUGCUGACGCUGCAGUUCAAACCGAAGACUGCGAGUAUGAAGCGGAAGGAGUCGUGUUUUACCGUAUCUCAGCUCGCGUCCAUGCCUGCUUCGCAUCUUAUUAAGCAAUUUGCCGUUUUUACAAGCGACGAGCUCAAAAGACAAUAUUCUUAUACCUGUGCGUUAGUGCCUGGUUGCCAACAGACAUACAGCAGCUUCGCUAGCGAGGACAAGGCGAGAGUGUGCAUUAAAAAUCACCUAGAGGAGCAUUUAGAAAAACUGAAAGGAGAUAAAGAGACUUAUGAUACGUUUACAGCGAAGAGUAUAAACCACAAAAAUUUCAAGACUAAUCUGCAAAGUAAGAAAUGUCGGAUGCAACAGAUAAAGAAACCUCAAGAAACGUUGAAUAAGGAGAACAAAGAUGUGAUACUCGAGAAAUCCACCAAUUUGUUACGUAAAAUACUUUUAAACGAUAUGAAUAUUAAAGAGAACGAGAGGCAGAAGUGUUUCCAGAAACCGGAAAGUAAGGAAGCGCACGACUCUGAAUUGAGGAAUUCGGAGCAAGUAGAUAUUAAGGUUCUCGGCGAUCAUAGUUAUUCUGAACGAUUAGAUGACAAGAUGCCUAAUAGGAGAGAGACGUCUCUUAAUAAUGUCCCUGAUAAUACAACAGAAGAAGAAAAUAUUGUGCUGAUGGUCGUUGGCACCGAUAGUGUACAUAUGAAAGAAUAUUCUCACGUCCAUCAGAAAUUAGCUGAAAGUUAUCAAGAUACUAAUAUUGUUUAUUCACCAGAUACAGCUCAAAGCACGGAAUCGAAUGCAGAGGUAUCUACGACUACGAAGCCUAAAGGGAAAGCAAAGUUUAUCGGCACGAGCAAGGAGGAAAGGGAAAUGGCACUAGCAUAUAUGGACCGUAUCAAGAAAAAGGGUAAUCCUACAGGGAACAAUCUACAGUGUCGCAUCUGCGACCCACCUCGUAGUUUCACAGCGCCUACAACUUUGGUGUCGCAUUAUCGGAGUCACGCCGGGAUAAAGCCGUACGAGUGUAAGACGUGCAAGGCGUUUUUUACAAGAAGGCACAGCUUGAAGUACCAUAUGUUGAUUCAUCAAAAUCAAACGCGCUUUACGUGCCAGGAUUGCGGUAAAAAGUUCAGGCAUCCGUCUCACUUUCGAGAGCAUCUACGUAGGCAUACUGGAGAAGCACCGUUCGGCUGUGACGAUUGUGGGCAACGGUUCAAAACCAGGAACACUUAUAAACGUCAUUUAAAGACACGACACAAUAAAAUCCUCACUACGUUUGGUGAAGUCUUGCAUCCGCCGGAAGAAGACGUACAAAAAGAUCGAAAAAGAAAAGAUUCCGUUCAAGUUGCGUUAAGUGUCGAUGACGUCGCGUCCGAUGCAAUCGUAAGCUUCGAAAACCACGACGAGGCGCAAGUUUCGGUUGUUACAAAUACAGAAGAGUACAUUCUGAAAGAUGAUAUCGACAGUAACAGAAAUUGGGAGACAAACAAUAUAAUACAAAUUGAUAAAUAUGGGAACUUUGAGAUUUACUCGGAAUCUCAAUUGAAUAAGACUGAUGGUAUAGAGACUGAAAUAGCUGUAGAUUGUAAAUACCUCGAUAGGGAGAACCGCAAUGUCAAUGUGGAAUGUCCUAACAGUAUAGGGGAUGGCCUGUUGCAAUUGAAAAAUGCUUUUUACGAUAAUUUAGGAGUAACUAAUAACGAAGAAAAUGACGUUGUCUAUCAGCAUAAUAUCGAGGAUCAGGAUAAAAUUGACGAGGCUAGUAAUGAGGUGCAAUGCGAAGUGAAUUGUAGAAGCGAGACACUAAAUGAAGAGGAAAAAGAUACAAUGGAGCGUGAGGUAAACACAGAUUUUCCAGAAGAACAAGAUGGAAGCAAUUUACAAGUGUUACUAAAAUCUACACAUGAUUGUCAUACGGAAAUACGCAACAGUCAUAUUCUAGGUACAGAAGAAAGAAAUAUAAUUUACAGCCGUUUAAAAAAAGCAGAGAAAACAGAAGCUACAAGUUUGAAUAAAAAUGAUGAAAAAUAUGAUGUACACGUCAUUGUGCAAAACGAUGUCGCGAAUAAAAAGUCUACAAAAUCCGCUAAUAAUUUCGAUAUUGAGAAUAGUGAACAUCCAGGAAAUAAUAUUUUCUGCGCACAGAUUAUAUAUACAAAUAUUUUAUUCGGUGGAGUCGGCGAAGAGGUUUUUCCAGAAAAUCAAAAUAAUAUAUUGCAAGAAAGCGAGUGCGUAACUCGGUCCGUUGCGACAGAUGUGGUGGAAAUCUUAAAUUUUUCUCCGAAAGAUUCUGUCGAGGCAAGUCAGGAAAGCAGUCAACGACAAAAUCAGUAUUUAUACGUCCGUUCCGAACAAUUAAGUAAACUAAUUGCUCAGAAUAAAUAUGUAACUAUACCGCUACAUCAGAUCAAGUGGUGUCGUGAGCAUGGAUUGCAAGCGAAGGUGGACAACCAGCGAUCGAUUUAUAUCAUAAAUGAGGAUAUACGAACAAUUAUAAAGCAAUCUGAGAAGCAAAACGCGAUUUUAGUUUUGUCCAGCGACAACUACAAGAAUGGCAUUUUUCAAAUUGACAAGAAUAGUAUUAUUGUCAAAGCUCUAAAGAGGUAGAUCGGUGUGCAGAGUAAUAACAUUUGUAUAAUAAGAUAUGUAAAGUUUAACGUUGAUCAUCACAUUCGAAAUAUAUUUUGUAACAUAGCAAUGCGCUAGACACAGCCGAUUGAUUAAGAUAUACAUGCAAUAAUCAUUGUAACGUGUAAUAAUCUUAGAAGGAAAGAACAACACAUUAAUUUCUUGCUUUUAUAAAUAUCUAGGAAGCAAAACCAAAAUGGGUGUAAUCGUAUUUCUCAGUUUUAAUACGAUUUAAUAUGUAUAUUUAAUAUGUAAUUAACUUGAGAAAAAGAAGUGACGGACUAAUGAAAAUAUGCUUGUGUCGAUUUGAUAGAUGGUACAUGGUAUUUUUAUUGUGAGCAAUGAAAAUUAAUAGUGCAUUUAUUUGUUUGACAGCGUAAGAGAUUAUUUUUAUAACUUCUAAAAAUAAUCUUAUAUUGUUACAAAAUAUGAGCUCUGAUUGAUUGCAAUAAUUGCCUGCAUUUAUUAAGUAUUCACUCCUCGAGUUUAUAUUAAACUGGUAUUCAGAAUUAAAUUUUACAAAUUUAAUUUUCAUUAAUUUCAUUCUAGAUAUACAAAAAGAUAAAUUUGUGCACUUUAUUUGUAGUUUCACAUCUUAUUUUUAUUAGAUGUGGUCCUACUAACUUAUAUUUAUUUAGCAAUCAUGAAAAAUAUGAAAAUAUGGUGAAGUGCCAAAUGUAAGAAAGUAUGUUACAUAUUUACUAUAUGUAUAACAUAAUUUUAUAUUUUCAUUCUUUUAAGAUUGUGGCGGUUUAUUGGUGUACUACUAUAUCAUUCAUUUUUAAAACAAUUCUAUUUAGCUUUUUAAUGUUUAUUUCUGCUGUUUUGGAUUGUUAUUUUAGACAUUUUUUUGUACGGAGUGCAUAAAGUAAUAACACAUUUAUAAUUAUAUGAGCAAUUAUAUUUUAUAUUGUUUGAAUGAGUAAAUUAUAGAUGUUAUAAACUUCCGUGCAAUUUAAAAACAAAUUUCAGUCAUCUACGUUAAAUAGAUCUUUCAUUUGUGAACUGUGUAAAUGUGUAGAACAGUGCAGCGCGCUUUGAAUGUCGGUCUUCUUGGCUAGUACUUUUUUUUUCUAAGAAAAAACUUUCAAAAUGUCCAUCGCAGUAAGUUAUUAGGUUACAAAUUUUCGAGAAUUCGCGAAUUAAGUUUCAACAAUCAAACACAUUGAAUGCAAAUAAGUCGCAAACCACCUUUUCCAUCCAAUAUAUGAAUUUUUAAACGUUUUUUUUAUGUUAACGCAUAAAUCUACUUUGUGUAUCUGUGUAAAGUUUAUGUCCGGGAAGUUCCGAGAUUCAAUUAAUGUCAGUCCAAUUACGAAUACAUAUCUGAUCAAUUUUUUCAUAGGAAUAAAAGGCAGCUAACCAAACACUGCGUUGCAUCGCACAGCUUAAUUAAGAUAACGAAUGAAACAGACAUGACUAUUGUGAGGUUUUGAUAAACACCUUUCUAUAAUUUUCACACAGUUAAACGUUUCCAAUGAGAAAGCACUCUUUAAAAUUCAUGUUGAACUUACAAAGAGGUUCAUACUUUCGCCAUCCAACACCACGGUAGUUUAAAAUUUUGCAGUCUCGUCUCGUAGCUUCAGCUUUUUUUAAGCGCCUAAGAGUUGAUAUCACUAGGAUUAAAUUUUACAAGAGAUAUAAAGCGCACAAUUGCUGUUAUAAAUUUCUUAUUCUUGUCAAUCUCGAAAUCAAAGUUGAUGAAAUAUCAUCUGUGUCUCAGUGUCAUCACGGGAUAACUCAGUUAUUAGUGAUAAAACCUAAAACUGAUCUCCAAAAGUCUCAUUAAUUGUGGCUUGAAUUCUCUCUGACAUUUUUAACUGAUCAAUUUCAGGUCUGUUAUAGUCUUCCUUAGGUCGGUAUUCAUAGUCGGAUCUUCUAUUCAAGACCGUCUUGAAUUUAUCUAAAAAUGCUGUAUGGAACA